UGUGGCGCCUAUAUAACGAGGGCAGUGACUCGGACGUUGCCACAGUCAGUCCGGAGAGAGAAACAUGAAGACCAUCGCCGUUGCCAUCGUGCUGUGCGCUGCGCUCGCAGCCAUUUUCGCGGAGGAUGACUACUCUGGUCGGCCGCGUCCGCCCGUCUGCGAACAGAAGUGUGAGAAGAUCCUGGACCCGGUUUGCGCUCAAGACGACUACGGAAAGAACAGGACCUACCCGAACGAGUGCAUGAUCGGCUACCUCAACUGUGUCGAGGGGACGAACUCCGUCAAGAUCGCCGACGGCGAGUGCCCAGACGACCCAAUCGUGUGGGUGGACGACGAGGCGUACUUCGACCAAUACGACAUGCCCUAGAAAGUUUCAGCUGUGACCGCCCUUCGCUACCUCCCUGGCGAGACAAAUAACUUAUAUUUAGGACUAACUUGCAAGUGCGACGGAAGAGGGCUGAGAAGAAACAAGUACUACAGAGCCCGUUGAAAAGACUCCCGCAUGCAAAGUGCGUGCGAAAAUCCAUGUGGAGCUGCAAGCUGCUCCAUUCAUCGGCGUCUGCCUUGCAUUCUACGGAAUGGACUUCAAAGAGACAGUGAUUAAUAGGACGUGCCUAUCUUCGUACUAAACCAGUAUAGACUUAACGCCAUGCCGAGAGAUACUAAAGGAUGCUGUACAAAAUAGACAUGACGUUUCCCUAAUAAAAACAUUUUCUCAACAUAAUGUGUGACAAAACAGGGCCAACGUUUAAACGUGUAAUUGCCGGUUUGAUGUGUCGUUUGGCUCGUCAGGGAAUGUCUGUUAAUCAAUAAAUAACAAACUCAAACUAUAA